AUGGGAACUUGUUAAAAUUAAAAAAAUACUAAUAAUCCUGUCAAGAAAAUUGAUUAGAUAGAUUUAAGUUCCUAAUUUGGUACUCUAAGAGAAUUGAUGCAUUUUUUUGAUUAGAUAAGUUUAGAACAAUUAAAUUUCCCAGAUUUAUCAGCAUUUUUAUCUAAACAUAUUAACAAAAAUAGAAUAGUAAAAGAAGGUAAAACUUGGGUAGCUAUAAAUGAGGUUAAAACUAUUUUAAAUAAUAAAGCAGUUAUUUUAAUACGUAAUUUUAAUCAAGAAACUGAUGCAGCCAUCUAAUUAAUUUAUCUUCUUAAAUAACUUAUAGAAUUUUCUUUAGAAGUUUAAGAACUAUAAACUAGUUUCAAUGAAAAUGCUAUAGAACUUUUUCAAUAUUAUUAAGCUCAAUUAGUUUAAGUAAAUUUUAUUAGAAUAUCUAUAGGUUUCAAUUGAAGUUUUAUUAGCAGUCAAUACAUUAACAAGAAAACAGGAAUAAUGGUGGAAGGAUAAAUAUUUCAAUUGGCGUAGCAUUUACAUUUAAUCUAUGUUUAAAAUUAAAUAACCAGAAAUCGAAAAGAUUGAACUAAUUUAGCCAUUUUAUGAAUUUAUAGUUUUAUUAAAAUUAUGUGCAAAACAAAUUUGUAAUCAACAACAAUCACCAGAUUUAAUUGAAAUAGAUAGAAAGGCUCAAUAAGAAGUCUUAGAAUAAUUUUAUAAUCAAAUGAGAACUAGUUUUUAAUAAAAUUAAUAAACAUAAUAAAUUGAUAGUAUUAAUUUGGAGCGACAAAUAGCUUCAAAAUCAUUAGGAUAAAGACUUUAACUUUAUAAUUUCUAUAUAAAAAAGAAAAACUAUACUUCUUGA